AUUUCAGUCUCACGAUGGUUUGCAACCUGCAGACGUCUUCAUGACUGAGUGGAUCGACAACACUCGGGUCAGCCUCGCUGUCACAAUGACUGCCGGACUAACUGCACUCGUGCUUCUCAGCGCGCCAUGUCUGAUUCAAGCGCUGGAGCCAGUGUCUUUGGUCAGCGUGGAAGUCGGUCUUAACGUGACUUUUGCAUGCUCACGCACCGAGAAUACGGGAGACAUAUUUUACUGGUACAAGAUAAAAGUCGGUUACGUGAUCGAAACCAUCGUGGAGGGCUACUUUGGAGAACUAUUGCUUCGAAGUCACUUUCAGAACGGCAGAUUCACAAGUUGGCACACGGGCGACGUUUACUUUUUAAACAUCACCAAUGUCAACAAAGAGGACGAAGCCACGUACACUUGCCAAGCUGGCACCUCGUACAACAUGCGCUUCAUUGGCAGUACGCAUUUGCUUGUGAAAGGUCCCAUGCACAAGUCCUUCAACGUGAAGCAAAUUCCGCAAGCCAUGUCCGUCGAGGCGGGCCAGUCGGUGACGCUCCAGUGUUCCAUUCUCUCAGAGAGCAAGGAGAACAACAGUCUGUGUCCGGGUGAAUGCAGCGUGUACUGGUUCAAAUCCGGAUCACAAGACUCCUCCUCGCACAUCAUUUACACCGAGGCAGAUGAUGAAAAGGCACAAGGAAGGUGUGUCUACCAUCUGUUCAAACUCAUCCAGAAUUCGUCCGAUAGUGGGACAUACCACUGCGCGGUGGCAACAUGUGGGCAGAUCCUGUUUGGCCAAGGAACUCAUGUGGAGAUACAACAAGAUCUGAAACCAGUCGGCAUCAUGCUCGGGACUCUGCUUGCCUCUUCCGUGAUUGUGGUCGCUGUUGUCACGAUCUAGUUUCCAUGCAUUUAUUGUGAAUUAAAUCUUGACCUUUGGAACUAAA